AUGCCGCGGCCCAAACGCAAGGCGGAAUGGAGUCAGGGUGCGCCGGAGAAACGCGUGCACCGUGAAGACGAGGACCCAGAUUUUGCAGGUGAGGGCGUCCAGGUUAAAGCGAAGCAGGGCCAGGUCAUUACCGAUGGGUACGACUCGGAAGAGUCCGACGAUGCCCAGCCUGGCACGCACCGACGGGGCUGGGGCAAUGCAAAAGAAGAAGACGACGAUAUGUUUGCAGACAAUGCCGAGUCCAAACAGGAGAAUGGCAAGGAAAAGAAGGGCUAUUUAAAGCUAUCGGAAAUUGAGGGCCAGGAGUUUGGUGCACGUACGCAUGUGGGCGACGACGACGACGACGACGACGACGACGACGAGCAGGAUCCAGAGUACGAGCUGGAGCGUGCUACGAAGGAUACCCGGCCCCAAGACGCAAAUGCAGACGCGGAGCGCACACCGCCAGGGUCGGAUGAUGAGGGUGCACAUACGAGCCUCAACAAGCAAGGCAUGGGCUUCAAGAUUGAAAAGUUUAACAUGAAGGCAGACUUGACCGCUGGUCAGUUUGACGAGGAGGGAAACUAUGUGUGGAAUAAAAAGGAUCCAUUUGCACAGAGCGACAGAUGGCUUGAAGGCAACUAUUCCAAGCACCAAAUACGCGCCGCCAAAGAAGCACACAGCGCACGCGAGCGCAUGGAAGAGGACCGCGUGCGCGAGACAGAAGCUGUGUACCCCACCAUGGAGCACGCUGCGAAAGAACUCGUGGAGCUUAUGGAGCCAGGAGAGUCUGUGCUAGAUACGCUUCAGCGUACCGGUGCAGCGGCCAGCCGCGCCAAAAAACAAGGCGGAGGCGCAGCCGAGGAAACAUUUGCGCAAUUCACGCGACUUUCGAGCAUUCUCAUGACCAGCUUCAGCCAGGCAAAUUUGUACGAUGAAAUGUACGAGGGUCUUGUACGUAUUGUUCGGCGUGCUGGACUGGCGUCGGAUGACUGGGACCCAGCUCGAUCGCGGCGGUCAGCACAAGAAUCGACCGCAUGGGAGUACAAGUGGACGCCUGCGUACGUGGACGCGAUGGACACGAAAGACUCGAUGCAGAUAUUUGGCCCUUUCUCAGCCGAACAGAUGCAAGCAUGGUCUACAGAGGGCUACUUUGGCGCUGAGAAUGCGCACAUCCUUGUACGUAAUGUAGGUAGCGAUGCGUGGAUUCAAGGGUCCGACGCAACGUGGUAG